AUGGCUGUUAUCAAAACUCUGAUCCUCAUUUCCGUAAUCAUAUUACCAACGAUGAUGAUGGCACAGGACGUUAAUCCAGGUAAUUAUUUUUGCCACUGAGAAAUUUAAAUAUUUUAUUUAAAGUAAAAAAUGAAAUGAUCGUAUUUUUCAAUAACAAACUACAAUCUUGGACAGAAUAAAAUGGAACAAUCAACCCCAUCCCCCAAAUUGCGAAAGAAAUCAUCUGGUCCUAGUAAAACGAUCGUUUGGAAGACGAGGGGACGGAUGAGGUGUCUGUGGAAGAGGCCAGAGGCUAAAUUUUGCUAUUGUUUAUUACAGAUGGAAUUGUUUGAAAAGUUCAAAUACCAUAUAAUUAUAACCAAAAAAAGUAUUAUUGAAUGAGACUAAUAAGUAUGAUGUGAAGAAUUUUGCAGAUCAAGGCGAGAGAUCGAGCCUCUGAGAUCAGCAUAAUUCUGAUCUUCAUAUCAUCCGAAAGCCGAAUUCACUGUUUUAUUAUUCAUGCAAAAUAUUUCUAAGUACUUAACUCUGGCCUAUUUCUCGGCACGGUUUCAGGAUAUGAACCUUCUUUUUUUUUUUGCAGAUACUAAAUAAUCAAGAAGGAGAUAAUAGGGCCAUUUAUACGAGGAAAAAUAAAACGCGUCUUACAUAAGACGCGUCUUAAACAAGACGCAAACUUUCCGUAUAAACGGCACAAUUCGUCUAAAAUAAGACGCGGCUUAGCUAAGACGCGUCUUAUUUUAGAACAGCCCUUAACACCUGUUCUUAGAUAAGACGCGUCUUAGCUAAGACGAGAAAAACUUCGUAUAAAUGACCUUCGCGUCUUACAUAAGACGCGAACGCAUAGUACGCAUGCGUAAGUUUUUGGCGCGCCACGUUGGAUUGCCGUUGCUACGGGCAACGUUCACAUGAAAACGAGUCAAGAACAGAAAUAAGACGCGAACCAUUUAUACGAGCUGUUCUUGUCUUAGAUAAGACAAGCUCGUGUAAAUGGUACAGUUCGCGUCUUAUUUAAGACGCGUCUUAUUUUUCCUCGUAUAAAUGGCCUUAAUAUCCAUCGAGCAAUAUGUUUUGCGUAUUCUUGCAUUUCUUCCGUUCAGUUUUAGAAAUUCAGCUAUCUCGUUUCCGGAUAGCCGUGAACGCUAUUUUUUUAUUUUUUUGGUUCACUAUUUUCCAGCCUAGUUUUCAAUCAAAUGUAACAUCGAAUCGAUAGCAUAUUGCUCGCAUCUUCGAAAAAUGGCAAUCGCCAGUUGGUUAUGAAGAAUCAUUAAUUAGUUGGGGGACUGGAGCCAGUCAGCAUACAUCAUAAUAAUUACGAUGAUGAUUAUGAUCUGAUUAAGCAAGAUUAAGAUUUAUUAUUUGAUCAUCGCGGCCAUGACUGUAUUUGUGAUUGUGACUAUCUUGACAAUGAUGAUAAUGUGGUUUUCUUAUUUUCUUGGACAAAAGUAUCUUUUCAUGGGCAUUUAUACAAUAAAAGCUAUUUUGUUUUUUCAGUUUGUUACCUGCCGAUAGGCAAAGAAGAAGACGAGAUAAGGAGGGAAAGGGAAAGGGUUCUAAAAAUAUUCCAUGAAAUCGAGAGGGAGAUUGAACAAACUUGCUCAGGUGAGUGAAAAAGUCUUUCCCUUUACCCCUCCCCCUCCACCCCCAACUUCCCCGAAGGGGGUACUCCCUUAAAUAGCCUAUACGGGGAGGCUAAGCCCGAAAGCAGGCCUGCCCCGAAAGGGUACGUUUUUUCAGGCUUCAGGUAUAUGAAAAAUUAGGGAAUUCACUAAUUCAGGUAUAUAAGAGGGGAGGGAAAUCCUUCAUUUCGGUCCGUAAAAGGACGCAAAAGCCGGCUGGGCUGAAAGGCUCAUCUUGGGCAGCGAAAAGGACAAGAAAACUUCUGGUUUAGGGAUUUAUUCAUAAAAUUAAUUAUAAAAAUUAGUUAAAACGGAUGCAGUGCUCUUAAUAGAUAAAUGAAAGGGCUACCACUUAACUUGUCAGUGGAAGUUAUCACUGUGCACUUUAGAGCUGUUUUGGUGAAGUUCGUACGUCUUUAUUCCUUAUUACUGACCAUUGAUACAUAACAUAAAGAGUUGCUGGGCGGAGUUUUCAAAAGUUUCUUUGCCUUAAACCAGGAUUAAAUUCUAAUCCACGAUUGUAUUUAACUUUCUAAAGAACUUUUGCUACUAAAGUUCUACAAGUUAAGGCAUCAUUUUUUUGUAAUUUAGUGUCAGUAACAUGUUCCAUUACAUCAAACAAAACUUGGUUGAGACCUAGCGAAACCCUGGAUUUUCUUACGUAUCGUUCAAGAAGCCGGGCCCUGAUCGCUAUUAGGGCUUGCUUGAAGGUUUAAAGGAUAUCAUCAGCUAGUAUCUCAAGCUCUGUCGGAGCAAAGGUCAUCAAGCUUACGAUUGCCUGGUUGGUCAAUUUCCAAAAGAUAAGAAGCUAUGUUCUUCAACCUCGUCCAAGGGAUUUUCCCUCUGAAAAUGGUGUAAGGGAAAGCCCUGACAACGAGUUUGUAUGUUCUCAAAUAUAUAGAGAUAUUAUUCAAAACUUUUGUUCGAACGUGAGGUCUUAUUCCUUGUGUUUAGAUCACCGCCGUUCAUGCGAAGAUGUGUCAUCUCCUGGAAUCUACCAGUUAAAUUUUGAUUCAAACAAAUUUAAGGUAAACUUCAAAGUUAUUACCCGGUGAACCGAGCUUAAACUCCAUUUUGUUAUCCGAUAUGGUACCAACGGUACUUUGUCGAUUACGGUGCGCAUUUCAAACUCGGCCUACUAGAGAAAGCGUUUGUUGGAAACUUCUGUCUAUUAUUUAUUUAUUUAUUUAUUUAUUUAUUUAUCAUCAUUUAUUCCAGUGUGUCUAUUCAUUUUGUUUAUUAUUUUUCUGUUUGGUAAUUCGUUGUUCAUUACAACUAGGCUUGCCAUUAUACACAAAUAAAUGCCCAGGAAAGUAUCCUUCAAGGUUCCUCGUUGAUUUAGCCAGGGAGGAAGGCUCUUGAACUGGGGAAGAGGGAAUUACGAUUCAGGCGCGCUAGAACAAAGGACUCUCGUGGGAGACGGGAAAGCAAGGGGACCUCAUUGAUCACAAUAUCUUAGUGCGUAAACUCUGGGCGCUUUCCAUUUAGUCAAAAUUUCCGGAAUUUCCGGUUCGGGGGUAAAAGGAACAAGUUUCGUCGGUUCAUCCCACUGGAAAAUUCCCAGAAAAAGUAGAAAAUCUAAAAAGGUGGGCCCGUUUCCCCGGUUGGAAUUUCCGAACGGAAUGUCGUGUUCCAUUUACGUUUCGCGUAGUUUGUACCAGUUCCAGGUCCACCGUCGGGCACCGCGACGUACCGGGGUUUAGGACCAAAUGGAACAACUUUUUACCAAUCGGAAAUUCCACUUUUGCUCCCACCGAAAUUUCCGGGUUUUUUUCCUAAAUGGAAAGCGCCCUCUCAGAUUACGAUAUUCCAAACCACAUCUUAUACUGGAUUGCUGACUUUCUAUUGGAUAGGAGACAGAGGGUUAAACUGGCACCGGAUUGCUUCUCCGAGUGGCGUUACAUCCCAGUCGGUGUUCCUCGGGGGACAACGUUUAGGGCCGUAACUCUUCUUAAUAGUGAUUAAUGAUAUCGAUUUGAAUGCAGGAGAGGCAGAUAUGUGGAAAUAUGUGGAUGAUACCACAAUCUCUGAGGUGGUAGAUAAAGGCCAAGAGAGUUGUCUUCAGGAAGUGGUAGACGAUCUCGCAACGCAAGCAAGUGAUGACGGAUUUCAGUUAAACAAAAGGAAAUGCAAAGAGCUCAGGAUUAGCUUCCCAAAGAAAAUUAUUAUAUACUCGGUACUCGCGAGCCCGGCCGGUUUCCCCCUUUCCCUAGUCCAAGGCAGGCUUCCCUUUACCUAGGGAUAUUGGAGGCCCGGCGUUAAGCGGGAGAAAAUUCAGUAUCAGUCUUUUCGCAAAAGUGACGUGACUUUACUGAACGAUCUAUUUUUGCGUGUAUAGCGAGCCAAUUUUCAAAAAUUCCCAACUCAAAAAAUAAUGCAAUGUGCCUGAGCAUUAACGCUCGCAAGAAUUCUUCCUAAAAAAUAAGAAAUUAUAACCCCAAAACUAAAUAACAAUUAUUCACCGAAGUGGAGGUGGCUAGUAUUGGUUAUUUACCGAGGCCGCGAAGCGGCGAGGUAAAUAUCCACUACUACCCACCGACACUGUUUACUGUUGCCAACCACCCUGGUUGCCAACGAUUACAAUUUUGGCGCGCGAUGACCGAACGGCCGCGGUCGUCGCUUUUUCUUAGCGACAAAUAAAACUUUUGAAGGCGUUUGUUUAGCUCUUGCGGGGAAGUUUCUUCAAAAGGAGUUGUGAAUUCUGUUUGUAUUUAAAAUAAUUCUGUAAAAAAGAUUAUUAAAUUUAGUCUUAAGCUUAUUUAUGAACAAGUCAACUAAAUGAAGUAACGCAAGACUUAAGAUUAAUUUGCAUUUGUAAACAAAAACUUUUUCACCGGUUUUAUCGAUAACUAUUCAAGUCAAAAAGACAAAGCUUUACCUGUUAAAACUUUCAAACUGAACUUCGUCACCUUCAUGUAUUUCGGAAAUAGCUUGCUUGAUUGGUUGUGAAAUUUCUUAGUUUGUUACGGCAGCAAACCGGGAAAGCAUUUUGCUCGCAACGUACGCGAGUUUGGGGUCGCUCGCUCGGAGGAACUGGAGGUGAAUCAGUGAAUAUUGCAGGAUAUUCACUGCUUGAGUAGCCAAUCAGAGCGCCCGAAAGACACUAUUCACUGUUUUAGUAUAUACUAAAAAGAAUUAUUCUUCUGCAGGUGUACUGUGACGACACUUGGACUCUUAUAGCAAGAUUUUCAAAUAGCGACACCAAGAACUGGAUGCGAGACAAUGGACACUGGUGGUAUGACCAAACUGUUGCAGUAGGAACAACAACUGAUCCGUUAGUCAAUGCUGACAUGAUCUCGCCAGCUUUUUGGUUGGUCAGCGGUAGAGAGUUUAAGAUCACGCGCAGUGAUGACUCCAGUCAUGCGCCACUGUUGCAGACCACAGGGAACUGUUUGGAGGGACAAACAUUUCGAUCAAAAAUCACAAGUUACGGCGUCUUUAGAUAUCGCAAGAUUUGGUCCAGUUACAGAUGCCUGGGAAACUGCACCGUGAAAUAUGGCGGUCAGUACAAUACAACAGAGGGAUUUAAACAGGCUGAGUGUAAUGGCAGACUCGCCACCAGCAACAAGAUCAGCUUUUGGUGUCACUAUAGCAAAGAUGGAUCAGUAAUGAUGAUUGGUGGUGGAGGAAAAGGCUGUGAACGUGCUGAUCACGGGAUUGGAAUAACUGAAGCAAACCAGGCUUCUUUUAGUGAAGGGCAAGAAGAGGAAUAUGACUUUGGAAACGACGCUGAAGAUUGGUUCGGGUCUCCAAAUGAUUCUUAUUCAUUAAACUUGUGGAUCCGUUGA